UUGGCCUCUCUCCAUAAACCUCUCCCCAUUGCUUAGUUGUCAGAGUGCCCCCGCCCCCCCCCCCCAAGUAUUUAGGAGACUCGAGCUUAAUUCUUAUUUUCCUUACCCUCAUGACAUCACAGGAAAAAAUAACAGAUUCCCAUUUUUGGAUAUUUUAGGGUAUUUAAAGAAUACCCACAAAAAUCCCAAAUUUGUAAGUUUGAGACAAGUCCCAAUCAGGGAACUUGGUUGGGAAUUCCCUGGUUGGGAUUUGUCUCACUUUGCCAAAUUUGGGAUUUUUAUGGGUAUUAUUUAAAUACCCUAAAAUAUCCAAAAAUGGGAAUCUGUUAUGUUUUCCUGUGGAUGAUAUAAAUUACAUGUUCCUUAAUAAUAGUAUGGAACUUUGCUAUAAUAAAUAUUCUUGAUAUUUCCUUCACUGCUGCAUGGAUCUCAUUAAAAUGUUUGAUAUGCUGUAAGUAAUCUUGACUUAUGCCAGGUGUGCCUAAUGAUACAGGGUGCAAAGAAAGUCAGUUUUACAGCCUGCCAUUCGGGCAAGCUGUAGCUAGCAUGUACUAGCCCACAAGUCAUUUCAACUAGCCCCAAAACCCCUUUUGAUUAGCAGGAUUGAUUGCAAUCCUUCUGUAAUUUGAAUUUCCCAAAAAAACAGCACUUGCCCAUCGGGCAAGUUAAGAACAAAAAUCACUAGUCAAUAGCAAAAUCCACCAGCCCCAGGCUAUCGGACACGACUUUCUUUCUUUCACGCUGAUAUCACCUGAUUUUACUCUUGAAAUGUCCAUGUAUUCUAGCCCUUUAUAUUCAAACCAGGUCAAGCGUACCCCCCAAGAAUCCAUUAAUGAAUUUAUUAUUCAAAAGUUGAAUCCGUUGCUAGUUGUUGAUUUCAGAUUGAUCUCUGCAUUCUUGUAUGUGUAAUGAGCCGUGAAUUCACACGCGAGGCAGUUAUGAAAUUUCUACCAGCUCCAUUUCCCUGAAAUUGAUGUAAAUGUCUUCUAAGAAGCUUAAUCCAUUCAAAGAUUUCCAAUCUGACCAAAUACAGAGAAGUACUCGUAAAAUAUUCACUGCUCAUUACGCAUGCAGAAAUGCUGCUUUGAAUUUGAUACCAGUUACGGGAACGACUAACGGAUUCAUGUUUCAAAUAAUCAAUUCACUGAUAGAAUCUUUGGGGAUACGCUUGACUUGGUUUGACUGUAAAUCAUGAAAACAUGUCCAGCACAGUUACUUAUCAAAUAUUUGAAUAAGACAUUGACCUACAAUGUAUACCUGACCAGUUGGAUAUGAACCUCUUUCCUUUGCCACAAGGCUCUAGACUGGGAGUCUUAAUAAGCUGAUCCUUUUUUUGCUUACAGUACUUGCAGGAUAACAUAAUGACACAAACACCUUCAACCCUCUCUGAUCCAAAGUAAGUGUAUUCCUCUGUCACUUUUUUUGGGCUUAAUCUUCAGUCAUUUUUAGUGCAGCUUGGAUCCCCUCAUUAUUUCCUCCUCCCCUCCAACCACUGUUGGCCUCUUGGCCAACACCUGUCAUAGUAGUACUCACCUACAGGAAUAAGGCCCUAAAGAUAAAAAUAAAGUACCAUUAUGUAUGUAACGUGAAAUUGCUUGAAUGCCACAUGGAUCUUAAAAAGUGCAGGAACGUGUACAUGGGCAAGACAGCUGCAGCAGGGGGCCUUACAGCCUAAGUUACUUUGCAAAUGCUCAGGACAAGGCUGCACUUUCCCAUAUGACCCCCCUCCCCAUUAUCUGUUAAGUGGCAAUUGUUUGUUUCUAUUUAGGUAGAGGUGUCUCUGCUCUUCUUUUUUUGUUGUUGUUAUAGGUGUUUUGUAUUAUUCUUUUGUAUUUUCUUUAUCAAACAGAUUUGUGUCAGAAGAGGAAAGGGAGGCUAAGUACAACCGAGUAGUUUCAUCAUCCAUUUCAGCUCUUGGAAAGUUGAUGUCUGUAACAUCAGAAAAGAGUAGAGCAGGGAUGGAAGAGCUUUUUCUCAACAUACUCCAGCAGAACAAGUUUUGGAAAUAUUCGAAGCACAAGUCUCCAAAUGUACAUAUUAUUUAUUUUUGUUGUUUACUAUUAGCUUACAUCCUAGAUUUCGUUUAUUUAUUUAUGUAUUUUACAGUUUGAUAUUAGAUGUACAUUUGCAACAAGGAAAGACACAAUAAGGGUGGGAAAACUAGUUGCAGUGAUUUCUUUUUAUGAAUAACAGUGACACUUACAUCUACGAUCUUUCAACCCACCAAUUUUUCCAUGCAAAACAGGUUUUGUAUUUUUACUAAGGAAAAUCAGUUGACAAAAAUCACAAUAAACCAAAUAAGCCCAUAAAAAUAUCAAAAUGAGAAUAACUGUUAUCAUUUAUUUGAAACGUUGCAUCCUUUUAAUAGUGAACUCAAUUUGUAAUUAAUGGCUCUGUAUUUGAGUGAGCUCUUCCAUUUACAAUAGUAAAAACUGAAGAUCCCAUUUUUUUUGGCUUUAUUUUCUGUAGGUACGGGGUGCAGUGUUCUCCACUAUAAGCCUUGCGUGUGAAACAUUUCCUUCAAUGAUGUUAUCACUCAGCAGUCAGGUGUCCCCUGCUGUGUUGUCAGCACUUGAUGAUUCAGAUCCUGCUGUGUGUCAGCAUCUGUGGGAUGCUGUUUUAUCUGUGCUUAACAGUAUCACGGUAAGGAAGGUCAAGGUGACUGGCCUCUCACUGUACUUUAAUAAUUACAUGAAAUAACUCUUGUUUUCAUCUGUGUGGUUUUGGAUGGUUUAAUUUAUUUGUAGAUAUAGUUAUAAGAAAGUUUUGUGAUUUUUGUCCAAGCUACUCUUUUUGCAAUCUUUUAUCACUUUUGACUUUAUGGAAGAAUAGCUAGUAUGUAGAUAUUUUAGCUACUGGCUCAAAUCUAGUAUUACUUUUACAUCAUUUUUGUAGUUUUGAGCUUAUGUAAUGGGGUGUUGUCUACUUUUUAUCAGGAUUGCUGGAAACAAGUUAAUGUCCGCAAAGCUGUUCUGCCAAAAUUGUGGUCUGUCUUAAAGAAUGGAGGCAAUGGCUGUGCAACAAUCAUUUUCCCUAACUUGCUGCCGUUCCUGAGUAAAGUCCCUUCAGAGGUUGGAACUAACAUUUCUAUCAUAAUAUAAUUUUACAGAGUUAACAUUUGAGGCUUUACCAGCCCAUUAGUAUCAGCCCCUUAUUAGUCCCAUGUCAUUAAUGCCUUAUGAUUUUAGCAGGCGACAAAUCCAUGACAAAUUGAAAAUUCACCAAGAACAAUGCCAAGAAAGAAGAGCAAAGUCAGCCCACUGAAUUUAAUGUAACAGGCAGAAUUUCCAAUAAAUACCUACAGUAGGCCAGCCUUGCUCGUCAAAAAUCGUAUCAACUUUUGUCAUAUGAAUGCCACAGCAUUCAAGGAAUUGCAAUCCCUUGGGUUUUUAAAAGGAUAAAUUCCAUAAAUCCUGCAGUACAUGCACUGUUAAAUGUUGUAAACUACCACCUUGUGAAUGGUAUUACACAUGUAUACAUUUGUAACGCUGAACAAGAGUGCUUUGUUACAUUAUUCUUUUACUAAUUAAUAGCAAUUGUUGAUCAUUUGUAGGUUGUUGGUGAUGGAGUAGGUUUCUUUCAUGAGUUCUUUAGUAAUCUACGUGAAGGCCUGUUAAAGGAGCGGGUACAAAAUAGCUCAAGUGAAUGUUCAUCAGUGAUUGCAGCAUUUAUGGAGUGUCUAAGAUUUUGCCUUUUUCAUGAAUUUGGUGGAAAGGGUGCAGAUUCUACGGUACAAGAAUAUUUGAUCAAGGAACAGGUAGGACAGUUG